AAAAAGGCAUAUCCAACUAUGAAAUGUGCACACAUAGUAAUCCUGCAGCUUUGCUUUAUUGCUGCACCAUGUGCAAAACUGUCUCAUAAGCAGCUAGAGCAACGUCUACAGGCAAUGCAGACACUAAUAUUUCAGGAUACGCAAAUAAUGAAAGAAGGGAUAAACAAAAAUGCCGAAGGUAUAAAAGAAUUAGUUGAAGGCAUACAGAAAAAUGAAGGAAUAAUAAAUAAUAUUGAAUCAAAAAUAAACGGGCAUUCUGAUUUGCUUCACGAAACCCUAUCAAUUCUAAAGAAUACUAAUGUACCGACUACGAAAUAGAAAGAUGUGAAUAUCUCGGAUCUACAUAAGGACCCAAAGACACAUAUCACUCAGUCAGAUAUCAAAAGAUUGCAGAAUGCAUUUAAAGAGCUGAAAAUGCAUUCAUUGUUUUUGCAAGUUAACACCUUUAAUAAGUUGGAAUCAUUUAUUGAAAAGCAAAACUUAUUCAUGAACAAUAUAUCUUUGUAUUUCGAAAAGUGUGGGUCCAAAACAAAAUCUUGUAUUUGUGAAAAUUUGGAAACGCUCAUAGACACAUUGAAUCCCCGUGCAAAAGGUUAUGAUGAAAGUGAAAAUAAAACAACGUCAGCCGAGUAUAGUGAAAUUCUAAUGAAGGCUAAAACAAUAUUGAAAGAAGUUAUCAAGGGUCAUUCCAUGAAAACAGAUAGUUUGUCAGCUAUAACAUCUCGCCAAACGGAUUCGGAGGAUACAAUUCCAGCAAGCUGUUUCAAAGUUGUUUAUGAAAAAGAACUUGAUGUAGCAAAUGAUCAUGGAAAUAAUAGUUGUUUCAAUAUCAAUGCACAACCAGGCAAAAAGGUAACCUUCCAUUGUGGCAAUAAGAAUAUUCGUAUUGCAGACGCAGUAGUUACGGAAAUUGCGGUCGAAGGACGCGUUGAAGUCAGAUAUAACAACCACUGGGGCACAGUAUGCUCGGCUUAUAAUUACUUUGGCGAGAAAAACGCCAAUGUAGCAUGCAGAGCAGCUGGAUUUACAAGGGGCGUUGGAGGAUAUAAUGUCCCAACAGGAUCGGGUCCAAUUUGGCUUUCGCGUCUUUAUUGCAAUGGUCAAGAACUUGAUUUAUUUGAUUGUGAUAGACAAUAUGGUAUUAGCGGAUAUAAUUGUGAUCAUUCCCAGGACGCAUUAAGCACAUGAAUACACAUUCGGCAAACAUAUAUAAACAUGUAUAGAUCUCUGUCAACUCAAGCUAUCAUAUAUAGCUAUCAUAUAUGAAAUACAUUAGUCGAUAAAUAAAAGUUCUGCAAACACAAGCGUAAAAUUAUAAAAUAUUUUAUAUAAUAUUUAAGGCAACUGUGACCUUGCCAAAAUAAGGAAACCACCCAAAGUAUCAACCUUCAAAAUGUGAAAAACAAUUAUCAGGUUAUAAAGUCUACAUGAGCAAAACUAAAACUUAAGAAAUAUUUUUUGUUAGCGCUGGAAACUUUAAAAUUGAAACUAGUAGCCCUUACCAGAAUAUCAACUAAAGUAUCUGCCUACUGAAUAUGGAAGACAUUGAUAAAAAAAUGAAGGUUGCAGUAGCAAAGUUAAUAAAAAUAUUUUUAGCACCUGCAAUCUUGACCUUGACCAAAGUAGAAUGGCUUAAACCGCUCCUUACAUAUCGUCACCUAUCUACAAAGAUGAAAGAUGUCCGUCAAUUAUGGCUAUUACUUAAAAGUGUAAAUAAAUCUAUUUUAAGCACUGGAGAGAAUUAUUUUGAAUUUUUGUAACCUCUUUCUGACUAGGAUGUGACUAGUAUUCUAAAUGGCCGUUUUUUUCAUAUUCUAUAUGCAUGGAUGGAUUUGAAUAUAACUUAGCAUAAAUGUUUUGCCGCGUUUAGUUGACUUGGCCCGCGCAAAAUGAAGGUCAAUGUUUAGAUCACAAGAGAUCAAAAGUUAAAAAGAAAAAUUAAAAUUUGUUUGUUGGCACUGUAUUUUGCUUAUGCUUUGAAGUUUUAUGCUUAGUGGUCGGUAGAUAUUUAUUGAGGCCGAACUAGUUGUAAAAAUGGCUUUUUGUUGUUUGGGUGCGCCUGCGUUGAACAUGCAUCUGAACUUGUCUAUGCCAUAACUUCUUUGUGCAUGUAAAAUUUUCAAAAAUCAUGCAUUGAGUUUUUAAGGCACAUAUAUUCGUCACGAGAGUGCGUUGCAUAUUAACCAGGUCACUUAGUCAUAGUCAUGGUCACCUUAGAUGAUACAAUGUCAAUAUCUUGCCUUGGGUAUAAGCAGAAGUGUUGCAAACAAUAUAUUAAUCUCACUUAUGUAUACUGUAAACGAGUUAUGUACAUCUUAAGCUUAUAGGUUCAAUUUGAUUAAAGACCAGCGAGCUUGACAU